GCACAGUAAUAAUAUUACCUUUAUUCCUGUGUUGUUAAGGAGUGAGUUAUCUGGUGCUUUAUAUUGUCCAUCGAUGAUCUGGGCCAUACAUUUACCGCUGGUGAGAGCGUCGCCCUUAUACAUCAUUGUUGACCAGCGUAUGAUCAGGAACAAGGUGGUCUGGUACAUGGAAAGUUAGGAAUGUGAUACACUGCAGUCUACACACGGUGUAACUAUCAUGAUAGAGGGGGCCAUGGCGGAAUAUUUGGUGUCUCUUCUCCUGAUUCUGAUGCCUCUGUUGGGUGUGGAUGCUCAGACUAAACACUUUACAGGAGGAUCAAUGAGCUUCAAGUUCGUCAAUACAUCGAAACCAACAGAGUAUAAGAUCCAAUUAACGAUUGUUACCGGGUGGACGUUGGGUCAAGGACCUUGUGGCGAACACUGUUCGAUCAAUGACGUCGGAAGGAGCACAGUUAUAACUCGAAAUCAUAUGUUAAACAUGAAUGGCGAUGUAUAUUUUGGAAACUGGAGUUCGGAGGCUGCAUUCCCGAAUAGAAGCGUCACUUACAGUCUGAUCACUAACAAAGUAGCCAAGAGACUCACUGGCGAAGUAGCAGCCGUAAAUGUGCCCCUCGGGUUGGAACAGGAAAAAGCGGAGGUCAUUCUCGAAGUCGAUCCAUUACGACUUUAUACAGAUAUUGAGAUGCACGGUUACUACUGGAAAGACUUUGACUAUGGUUACACUGGCGACACAAAUUUUCACCUUCAAGUCAAGAUUGAUGCACGUGAACGCAGUGAUACAGGGCAACCGAACAACAGCCCUGUUGCGAUGUUUAAGCCUACAUACAAAAUUCUCUUGAACAGCGUAACCGUCAUCAAACUCUCCACCAUGGACAAAGAUGGGGAUUUUGUUCAAUGUCAGUUAGCAACGUUCAUAACAGCUGGUGGUCUACCUAUACCACGUAACACGAUCAUAAAUAAGGACUGCAGCAUAGAAAUCAGUGCCUAUGAAUCUGAUCACUUCUUUGAUCAAGGAUGGGGUGUGAUACCUGUUAAGAUCAGUGACUUUAACUCCAAACCUAUAAGCCUCAAGGGGGAUUGGCGUCCAGUUAAACCAGUUGGAACACAGUCUCUCAGUGAUAUAAUGGUUCAGUUCAUGAUACAAACUCUGAAAAUCAUAGAGGAGCCCGAAUUUGUGGACCCCACAAAGAGUCGUCAACAUGUGUUCUACGUUUAUGUUGGUUCAACACUGGAAAUACCUCUCUAUGCUAAGCCAUAUGACACGGCCAAAAGUGAGAUUUCUAUCUUCAAUUUGAGAUCAAUUCCAAGGAGAUCAUUUCCUAUACCACCACUGCAAUAUGACACAAAUCGCAAAAGUGAUGGCAUCAAAUAUGCACUAGUGAAAUGGCGUCCAGGCAUAGCGGAUGUUGGCACCUUUGUCCUCAGUGCAUUGGUAACGGAUAACUUGGGAAAUGACGGACAAGAUAGGAGUUACAACAUCAUUGUCAGAGACCUUAACUUCACAACUCCUGAUGUUGGUACGUUGACUCGACCCUUCUUUACAUUAUUCCCCACUGAUAUUGUAAUACGGUGCCUACCGAAUUCAACAUGUUCCUUCCCUAUUUACUCUACAACUAGACGCGCUGGAGGACGAAUACAAUCUGUGAAAUAUUUAACUUCGACUCUCAAGAAUACGCAAAUUUCGUCACCUGUCAAAGUGACCAAGAAUAUACAAGAAAUGUUUGAGACUGAUGUAACAAUAACAUCUGAUCAGGUUGGCGGACAAAGAAUAUGUUUCCAGGCGUAUGACGACCAAGGGACAACGUCUGAGAGGAAAUGCCUUGGGGUCACUAUGGAAAUUGAUGAUCCCUGCAAGUCAGAUCCAUGCACGCCCGGCGCAUGUGAAAGCAACGGCUCAACCUUCAAAUGUAUUUGCAAACCCGGAUACACUGGCGAGUUUUGUGAUAUAGAUGUUGACGAGUGCCUGAGCAACCCAUGCCAAAACGGCGCAACCUGUUUAACCAGCAUCAACUACCUAGAUUUUUACUACUGUCAAUGCGUAUCGGGAUUCACUGGAAGUAACUGUGAAACAAAUAUAAAUGAUUGCAAACCCGACUCAUGUUCUGGAGCUGGUAUAUGCAUUGACCUGGUGGAAGAUGUUAAGUGCCAGUGCAACAAGGGACAUUCUGGCCAACAUUGUGAAAACCCUGACCCGCUUUGCUCCAGUCAUGUGUGCGCCAACCAGGGAGUAUGCGUGGUGGAACAGAGUAAAGCAGUGUGUAGAUGUCCACUGGGGUAUGGUGACCCUCUCUGCCAAACAGAUAAGAAAUCAACUGGCGGAACACCAAUAAAUAAAGACAAUGGACAUAAAGAAUCACCCUUUAUAACUCCAACCCUGCUGAAUGGCGGGGGUAUCCAGUGUACUGUCGGUGUACCAUGUCCUGUUCCACUCUACAUUCGUCAACCUCCCUCGGGAACCAUUCCACCAGUUACCCUCGGUCCGACAUCACCGGGAUUAACCGCCAGUGUGGACACUCCAACACCCGAUAAAAGCACAGGGCUGCAAAAGACGCUAACAUCUCAUUUGACGGUGAUACAAACUAACCCUGGAGAACAAAGCGUAUGCGUCGAUGCCGGGACUGGCGUGAAUGCUGACAGAAUCUGUUACUUGAUACACACCAAGCCACCAGGACCAGCACAAUCAAAACAGCCGGCACUCACUGCUGCAUUUUUGGAGCCUUCACUACCAGAUGGCAGCAUUGUCAACUGUUACGUCGACAAGCCAUGUCACGCCAUCUUCCACUCUAAAGAUCAUCCCCCUGGAAAUUGCUUUCUGACAUCUGGUAGCACAUCAGCAAUGCCAUUCCCUGUUAAUUCUAAGGAUGGAGAGUGUCAAACAGAUGUUUUAUUCACCCCGCCACCAGGGGGAGAUAGUCACGUGUGUCUCCAAGUCAGCUAUCAGGGCGAGAAACGAUGUUACAAAGUGAACGUCAUAACAACAGACAUGUGCGACCCCAACCCUUGUAACAACGAAGGUGGUUGUGCAAAUCAACCACAGCAGUCUCCCGGCUACCAAUGCGUGUGUACAGAAGAUUUCACAGGAGAUAUAUGUCAACAAACUAACCCAUGCUACCCAAACUCAUGCCAAAAUGGUGGCGAUUGCGUUAGUCAAGUGACGUCCCAUCAAUGUCUUUGUCCUGUAGGCUACAUAGGACACGACUGUGAAACAGCUCUUUCUCACACCUCGGAAGCCCAGGUGUCAGAACCAACAUUACACAAUGGUGCUACACUACAGUGUCACGUUGGAGUAACAUGUUCCAUCCCGGUAUUUACCAGGGGCCCAGGUGCUCAUGAAACGUUGACUCCUGGUCCCACUAGCAAUGGCUUACAUGUGAACAUAACACAACCUGUAGCAAGCACGACAGCGCCCGACCUUAACCAAGGCAGUGUUCAGGUAACACCUACAGCGACCGGUAACGAAAAUGUCUGCAUCCAGACAACGUCAGGACAGCCACGCAGCGAUCAGGUUACUUGUUACCAUGUCAACGUGACGCCACCAGGAGGUGAUGGUUCAGGAUCAGGAUCGGGAACAACUUCAAGCACAGACCACUUCGAAGCUCCAACUCCCACAGAUGGGAGCACAGUUCCGUGUGCUGCUGGCGACGACUGUCACCUAUUAGUAUACUCCAAACCAACUACAGGGAACAAAUGUCCUCAGGUUAGUUAUGGGAGUACGGAAGGCGUAGAGACACAUAUCUUUCCUACCAAGCCGCUCACAGGGACGUGCGCUACUGAUGUCCUCAUAACACCCGACUCCAAGACAGGGGAUCAUCAGAUAUGCUUAAACUCAAGGUCGCGUGAUCCACCUCGCUGUUUCAAAGUUGAUCCUGACGCAUCCAAACCUUGUGCAGUAACGUCGUGUGGUCAUGGUGUGUGUAUUGUCGAGACAAACCACACCAGCACGUGUUUGUGUGACGAUGUCCAUUCGGGAGACAGUUGUAACAAAGAGGCACCCUGCAAGUCAUCCCCAUGUCAGAACCAUGGAGCAUGUGAGAACGACGGGAAGAAUCCGAUAUGCCACUGUCCCAUAGGUUACACUGGCGUCAACUGUGAGACAGGCAUACACGUCCCUCUUCAUCAGAAGCCUACAUUUACCGGUGCAAGCAUAAACAAUGGCGGAGUUUUCAACUGUGUGAAAGAUCAGACCUGCACAAUUCCUCUCUCCAUUUCGAAAGGACAAGGACCAGCUCCAGUGAUUAAGGUUGGCCCUCACAGUAAUGGACUAACCGUCCAGUCGCCAGAUCUCCCAGCAAAGGAUACGGACACGCCAGGACGUCAAGACCUAUACACGAGUCAGAUGCACAUUACAGCAACCGAGGUUGGCGAGAAAAAAUUGUGUGUCAAAACUGGAAGCGAUACUACGGAUGUCGAUAGCGCAAAUGCCGAUACAGUCUGCUACCAUCUUCACGUUACUGACACUGGAACAACAACACCAGUGUUAAAGGAUAGUUUCCAUGACCCGACCCCUGUUUCCGGGAGCACCAUACGAUGUUCACAAGGGAAGGACUGUCACAUGAUACUACAUACACUUCCUGAUAAUGGCGGUCAAUGCCCGCAAGUCACUACAGAUACAAGCACGGCAAAUGUCUUCCCUACAAGAAAGGAUACAACUUGGACCGACUGUAUCACAGAUGUAUCAGUACCUGCUGCGAUUGCUCAGCAUCCAUCGACAGUCUGUCUCAAAGCUAGGCAAGGAGAACAACCAAGAUGCUAUUCCACCAAACCAACACCACCAACAGAUGUCUGCUCGGCCAAAGGCUGCAAUAAAAUUCAUGGUGCAUGUAUCCUGGAGAAAAACGACACAGCAAGCUGUCUGUGUGACAGUCCCUUCAAGGAACCUACGUGUGAUCCCUGUCAAAACCAUGGUAUUAUUGAGGGAGGGACGUGUCAUUGUCCGACGGGAUUUACGGGGCUGCACUGCGAAACAGGUGAGUUUAAAAUAUGCGAUAUCAAGUAAUAAUUACAUUUCUUCUACUAUGUAUCAAAAUGACACUAAUCCAGUAAAGCAGUUAUGAUACUGAUUCCAAAGAUGCAUUAUAUAGUUAAUGUAAUGUAAUGAGAACAUCAUAAAGUGUAUACUGUAGACCCCUCUUUGUCUCUUUCACUGAUGACACCGAAACUGUUGUUAACCCAUCAUGUAAACGUUCGUUUAAAAUAUGUCGAAUGCGGGAGAGUAUAGCUUUUAUACCUCGUACCACGUGAAAGUGGUUGAAUAAUUCGAACUACUCGAUCUUAAAUUGUUAUCUAUCCGGCAAAGGUUAACACACACAUCCCUCUGCUCAUCUAUCCCACCCUACUCGUUUUACAAAGGGCAUUGCAUGUUGGUGCUGAUGUUAAUUGUUUUUCUUAUUCGAAGGAUUACGCAAUUAGAAAGACAUAAAAAUACAAUAUUCAACUGUUGCUAUUUGUAUUAUGCAUUCAAUGUAUGAAUUUCAAUGUUUGCUAAUCCACUUGUACAUUUUUCAACUUUCAUCAACAUCACUCGUGUUCAUAUCAUCAUUUCAUAUCAUUUUGUUUUGAGUAUAUGAUUUAUGUGUGUUUCUUGAAUUUGCCAAUAACACUGAAUUGCAUUUGCCUGAAUUUGUGCUACUCUAUCUACACGUGACGGUGAUAUAAUAUGUGUUGUUUACUUAUGUUUUCCUUUUUAUUUUUUCAGGUGAUGGUCACAACGUGCAUAAUUUAGACGUGCAUGAAUUAGAAUUAAUCAUAAUUUGCAAUAAUGUCGCUAGUCAUAAUUCAACAUUUUGUGGUUAAUGAUCGUAAACACUGUUAUUAUGUGAUAGAUUCUUAUUCAUUAAUCCAUUAUUACGUGAUAUAACUAGUUCGCUACCAGACACCCCACGUUCAAUAUGAUCCAGUAUGGUCAGUAUCCAUGCCAAUGUAUAUCAAUUCCCUGAACAUUGAUGUCUAUCGACUUAACUGAGUUAUAAAUUAGAAUUAUAUGUGAAAUUACGAUUUCAUUCCAAGCGUAUUAUGGUUUAAAUGCGGUUUUCUAGGUCCUCGAAUUUCUGUAUCUGUUUUUUUGAAUGGUUGCUUUGUGUUGCAGAUUUCUGACUCGGCUACUGUAAUUUAGCUGGCGAAAAAAAGUCAUUCUGUGUACAAACUUAGUACCACCACACAUUUCUGACUCGGCUACUGUAAUUUAGCUGGCGAAAGGAGUCAUUCUGUGUACAAACGUUAUACCACCACACAUCGAGCGAAGCCAACGGCCGGAUCCUGUCCUCAAAAGGAACACAGCAAUCAUUUUAUCUUUGAGGGAUCAACAGCAAACUGCUGAAUAUAAACAUCGUUCGAUUCGGCACUCCUGAAAAAUUCAAAAUAUUUUAUGAACGAGUGAAUGUCAGAAACAGCAUUGUGUGUAUUGUAUUGCUCAGUCCAACAUCCCAAUCUCCUUCAUAACAUGUGUCUUAUAUGACAUAAUGUGUGUCAUAUAUGACAAUAGUGGAAUAAAACAUAGUCCAUCAAA